AUGCAAUCCCUCCUCCAAAACAGACGCAUCGGUCUCGCCGUGCAAGCCCAGAUUGAGCGAGAUCAUGGAACUCACGGCCAGCAUACCAGUCAUGAGGGGCCACUGAGAGAGAAGGAGGCCCAAACUCCGCGGGAAGAUCAGUCAUCCCCGGAUCUGGAACGUCAGUUGUCGUCGUCCUCGGCAUCGAGCAGCAGUAGCGACGAUGACCCGGGCUUGCCAGCUCAUCGAACACAUACCGCCGCGACGCAGUACAGCGCGCGCGCAGCUCUUGGGCAUUCCUUGACAGGUAUUCACGCUCGUGAACGUGCGACGCACGAAGGCAAAGGAUCCAAGGUUUUCGUCGUCGGGUGGGAAGGACCAAACGAUCCAGCGAAUCCUCGAAACUGGACGGUCGCCAAACGUGUAUGCUGCACUCUGCAGAUUAGUCUGAUUGCCGGAGCUGUUGGAGUUGCUAGUGGAAUCGAUGCGACGAUUCUGCCGCAGGCUGCUGAGGAUCUGGGCGUGAGUGAUGUCGCUGAGAGUCUGGCUACUGGUAUGUACCUCAUUGGACAGGGAAUGGGGUCCUUGAUCGCCGGCCCUUUCUCCGAGACAUUCGGACGCAACUAUGUCUACGCUGGAUCCGUGUUCGUCUAUAUGGUCUGGAUUAUGGCGUCUGGCCUGGCACCAAACUUCGGUGCUCAGAUUACUUUCAGAUUUCUAGCAGGGUGCGCCGCCUCGACGCCACUCGUAUGCUCUGGUGGUUCGGUGUCAGACAUGUUUAACAGCCUUGAGAAGACAUGGGGUUUUCCACUGUACGCCAUUGCAGCCUUUGGUGGACCAAUGCUGGGUGCGGUAAUGGGAGCGUAUAUCGGCCCCAGUUCCUCGGUGGGCUGGAGGUGGACCGAGUGGACAACCUUGAUUUUGGCCGGGCUUGUGAUGUUGCUGACUUUGCUGUUCAUGCCGGAGACAUACAGUCCUCUUCUUCUCCAGUGGAAGGCUGCGCAUCUUCGACGGAUCACGGGCGAUGAUCGGUACAGGUCUGAACACGAAAUUGUUGAGGCUACGCUUUUCAGUCGACUGAAAGUUAGCAUGACUCGGCCAUUUGUCAUGUUGACGGAGCCGAUCAUCAUCGCCAUGACAUUCUAUCUGUCGGUGGUCUAUAUUGUCCUAUUCACCUUCCUGAUCGGCUGGCCAUGGAUUUUCGAGUACCCUUACGCUAUCGGACAGGGCCUGAGCAAUGUCAUAUUCAUUGCGAUGUUCGUCGGGCUGCAAUUCACGUUUAUUCUGAUCCCAAUCAUAUACCGCAUGACCACAAGACAGAUGAAAUUAGCGGAAUCAAGGGGCGAAGGCAGCCAAUUCAACCCUGAGAUCCGGCUGUGGUACGCCAUGCUUGGCUCUGCCGUAUCCAUUCCGAUAUCUCUGUUUUGGAUGGGCUGGACUUCCAACCCAACAAUCUCGAUCUGGUCGCCCAUUCUAGCGGUCGGCCUGUUCGGAUAUGGUGUCAUGGGUGUGUUCAUUUGCGCCUACAUGUACAUCAUCGACAGUUAUGAGGUGUACUCGGCAUCAGCAUUGACGUUCGUUGCACUGGUGCGUUACGUUUGUGCCGGUGGAAUGACGGUGGUUGGUAUUCCGUUCUAUAAGAAUAUGGGUACAGCCUACACGCUGACCAUCCUGGCGUGCAUCUCAUGUGUGCUCGCUCCCAUCCCGUACGUACUGUUUCGGUGGGGACAUUUGUUGAGACAGAGGAGCAAGUACGCCGUGUCGAGGGAAAUCUGA